AUGUUCUACAACAUCCUCGCCGUAACCAUAAACAGGGAACGCACCAAAGCACCACCCGCGCUGUCCGCCAUCCUGGAGGUCGGAGAGGCCCAACUCCAAGCCAUUGUGGACACUGGCGCUCAGGAGGUUCCACCCCGACCCUGGCACUUGGUGUCCUUGGACCUCUUUGGCCCCACCCCCAGAUCAAGUCAUGUGGUGGUGGCCAGGUGCAACAGUUCCCGCUACACAGUGGUGGUGAUCAUUCCUAAGCUGUCAGCAGCAGGCCUCACCAUUGGAGCACUCCGGGCCAUGUUCCAGAAGCUCGGAUUUCCCCGGACCAUCCGGACCGACAAUGGGGCCAUCUUCCACUCCUCGGACUUUCGCCAAUUCGCGGACCAGCACGGCAUAGCACACACAUUCCCCCCUCCAUACCACCCACGCUCCAACCCGGCAGAAUGCGCCAUGAAACUCAUCGGAAAGGCCAUCAAAAUGUCCGACCAGACGGCGACAGGCAUGGAGCGCGCACUAUCCCAAGCCCUGGAAGACUACCAACGCCCCCCGCACCCAGCCACAGGACACACCCCGAGGGACCUCAUGAGGAAGCAAAACAACCAUAGCGUGCUGGGGGAAGCGGCAAGAAAAGACCGUCAAGCCAAGCUAAGGAGAGCCUCAACGUGGAGGCACCCAAGGAAGGACAUGUCCCUCCACCAAGGGCAACACAUUCGGCACGGCAGUCAUCCAAACCAGACUACACGGCGACACAUACCGGAUUGUCUGCCCAGAGACGGGGGCACUCAUGACCAGACAUCGGGACCACAUAAAGCCCGUCCCAGCCCCACGGAUCGAACCGGAGACAAAGGAAAAGGACCCAAACAUCGUCAUUACCAUGGCGGCACCUGCCCUCGACCCAGGGGACGCCAACAACCCAUCUAA